ACUGGAGAGAAACCCUAUAAAGGUAUUCAAUAUGGUGAAUCCCUUGUACAUCACAGUAUUCUCCAAAUACAUGAAAGAACAUGUACUAAAGAGAAACCCUAUAAAUGUAAUCGAAGUGAUAAAGCCUUUUCACAACACAGUUAUCUCAGAACCCAUAAAAGAACACAUACUGGAGAGAAGCUGUAUGAAUGUAAUCAGUGUGGCAAAGUGUAUUCUCGACAGAGUUAUCUCCGAAUACAUAAAAGAACACAUACUGGAGAGAAACCUUAUGAAUGUAAGCAGUGUAGUAAAGCCUUUGCAUGCCAUGGUCAGCUUCGAAGGCAUGAAAGAAUUCAUACUGGAGAGAAACCUUACAAAUGCAAUCAAUGUGAUAAAGCCUUUUCACGACACAGUCACCUUCAAAUACAUAAAAGAACACAUACUGGAGAGAAACCUUAUGAAUGUCAUCAAUGUGGUAAAGCCUUUUUAUGUUCCAGUCAUCUCAAAAUACAUAAAAGAACACAUACUGGAGAGAAACCUUAUGAAUGUAAUCAGUGUGGUAAAGCCUUUACAUAUCGUGGUGGACUUCAAAGUCAUGAAAGAACACACACGGGAGAGAAGCCCUAUGAAUGUGAUCAAUGUGGUAAAGCCUUUGCAUCUAACAGUAGUCUUCAAUACCAUAAAAGAACACAUACUGGAGAGAAACCCUAUGAAUGUAAUCAAUGUGGUAAUUCUUAUUCACAACCAUGUAUUCUCAAAAUCCAUAAAAGAACACAUACUGGACAGAAACCCUAUAAAUGCAACCAAUGUGAUAAAGCCUUUGCAUGUCAUAGUAGUCUUCAAAGUCAUGAAAGAAAACAUACUGGAGAGAAACUUUAUGAAUGUAAGCAAUGUGGUAAAGCCUUUACAUAUCAUGGUGGACUUCAAAGUCAUGAAAGAACACACACGGGAGAGAAGCCCUAUGAAUGUGAUCAAUGUGGUAAAGCCUUUGCAUGUCACAGUAGUCUUCAAAACCAUAAAAGGACACAUACUGGAGAGAAGCCCUAUGAAUGUAAUCAAUGUGGUAAAGCCUUUGCAUAUCAUAAUUAUCUUCAAAUACAUAAAAGAACACAUACUGGAGAAAAACCCUAUGAAUGUAAUCAAUGCAGUAAGGCCUUUUCAUGUCAUAGUAGUCUUCAAAAUCAUAAAAGAACACAUACUGGGGAGAAACCCUAUGAAUGUAAUCAAUGUGGUAAAGCCUUUGCAUGUUACAGUAAUCUUCAAAACCAUAAAAGAACACAUAGUGGAGAAAAACCCUAUGGAUGUAAUCAAUGUGGUAAAGCCUUUACAUGUCAUAAUAGUCUUCAAAACCAUAAAAGAACACAUACUGGAGAAAAACCCUAUGAAUGUAAUCAAUGUGGUAAAUCCUAUUCAAGUCCACGAAAUCUCAGAAUACAUAAAAGAACACAUAGUGGAGAGAGACCCUAUGAAUGUAAUCAAUGUGGUAAAGCCUUUGCAUAUCAUGGUUAUCUUCAAAUCCAUAAAAGAACACAUACUGGAGAAAAGCCCUAUGAAUGUAAUCAAUGUGGUAAAGCCUUUGCAUGUCACAGUAAUCUUCAAAACCAUAAAAGAACACAUACUGGAGAAAAGCCCUAUGAAUGUAAUCAAUGUGGUAAAGCCUUUGCCUGUCACUAUAGUCUUCAAAACCAUGAAAGAACACAUACUGGAGAAAAACCCUAUGAAUGUAAUCAAUGUGGUAAAGCCUUUGCACAUCAUAAUUAUCUUCAGAUACAUAAAAGAAAACAUACUGGAGAGAAACCCUAUAAAUGUGAUCAAUGUAGUAAAGCUUUUACAUGUCAUAGUAAUCUUCAAAACCAUAAAAGAAAGCAUACUGGAGAGAAACCCUAUGAAUGUAAUCAAUGUGGUAAAGCUUUUACAUGUCAUAGUAGUCUUCAAAACCAUAUACGAAAGCAUACUGGAGAGAAACCCUAUGAAUGUAAUCAAUGUGGUAAAGCUUUUUCACAACUAA